GCUUUCUUUGCCCUAUUCUCUUGUCCGAAAUCGAGAAUCGCAAUCUGUUUCUUCUUAGGUUUCCGAUUCCCAUCAAAAUUCGAAGUCUUCGCUGGUUAGGGUUUACGAAUUGAGUUAUGAUUUUCCCUUUUAUGAGUGGUAACUGUUGAUUUUUCCCAAUCAGGCUCGGAUUGGGUUUUGGAUCCUUUCUGAUUCUGCUAAUCUGAUUCAUUCAUAUUCAUUAAAUAUAUGGUAUGGCGGAGAAAUCAAAGUUUGCUUUGUAGUAGCGGAUUCGAAACGGAAGCUUCACUUUUUGGGCUUCGAUCCGGAGUUUUUGGAUCCGGGUGAGUGUCAGUUGUGGUUGUGGAGGAGCUUCAAUGGCGGAUCGGCAAGAGGACGAGGACCUGAAAUUGGCCCUAAAGAUGAGUAUGCAGCACACUCCGCCGGAGCCGAAGCGGAGCAAGCCCAGAGAAGGAUCCGGAUCCGGAUCGCUGGCAGGUGGGUCACGGGACGAGUCGCCGGAAACGAAGAGCCGCCGGUUGCAGCGGGAGCUCAUGGCGGCUGCUGCGGAGAAACGGAUGCUGGCCUCGGGGAAGAGCUCUCCGGCUGAGUCUAGAGUUCAGGCUUCGUCUUCGAUGGCUGCUAAUAUGAGUGCCAAGGUUGUGAAAAAAGACAAUGAGUUGGGAUCUGGAGACACUGGCUUUGGGAGAGAGUUGUCCCCGGAAGAAGCUAACGAGUUGUUCGUGAUUGUGUUUGGGGGUAAUGUCUCCAAAGGUAUACUUACGCAGUGGACUAAUCAGGGUAUAAGGUUCAGCCCUGCUCCAGAAACUUCGAUGGGCCUAGUGCAGCAUGAAGGGGGGCCGUGUGGUGUGUUAGCAACAUUACAAGCAUUUGUUCUCAAAUACUUGCUUUUCUUUCCGGAAGAUUUGGGCAAAUCUGCCUCGAACACGGGUCUCAGGAGAUUAUCGAAAAGCCAUUAUGUUGCAUCAGACUCUUUCUCCUCUGUAUCUGACGAAGUGAAAACAAGGGCUCUGGUUAAGAGCAUGUGUGAGAUUCUGUUUAUGUGUGGAAACAAUAAACAAGCUGUUGUCGCGUCUCUUCCUGAUAUUGAGGGCUCUGGUGACAAUGAGAAAGAUGAGGCAAUUGCAAAAGCUCUUGAAGGACUUUCGAUUGAGUCCGUUUCAGAUUUGCAGAAGAUCGUAAGAAUCGGUACAUUCACAACUCAGGCUAGUGCUCUUAGAACGCUCGAAGCUACAAUUCCGGUGUUCAGAAGUCGUAUGGGCGCAUUGCUAUUCCUAAUUUCCGCCUUACUCUCUCGUGGACUGGAGUCCGUUCAAGCUGACAGGGACGACCCGAGCCUACCGCUAGUAACUGCGCCAUUUGGGCAUGCAUCCCAGGAGAUAGUGAACUUGCUGUUAUGUGGGGAAGCCGUACCAAACGUGUUUGAUGGGAGAAUGGAUUUAGGAGGAGGCAUGUCUCUGAAGGGCAUUUCCAAGACCGUGGAAGUAGGGUUCCUCACUUUGCUCGAAUCCCUAAAUUUCUGCAAAGUGGGUCAGAAUCUGAAAUGCCCAAAAUGGCCGAUAUGGGUAGUGGGAAGCGAGUCGCAUUAUACUGUUCUUUUCGCCCUCGAUACCUCAGUACAGGAUGAGAACGAGCUCGAGCAGAGGGAAUCCCAGAUAAGAAGAGCCUUCGAUGCCCAAGACCAGAGCGGGGGAGGAGGUUUCAUAAGUGUCGAAGCCUUCCGUCAAGUUCUUCAAGAAACGAACGUAAGGCUCCUGCCCGAGAAGCUCGAUAACCUCUGCGCCUCGGGAUUCAUCGUGUGGAGCGAGUUCUGGCAAGCGAUCUUGGAGUUGGAUCGGCAACUGGGUGGGCUUAAGGAUUCGACGGGUGUGAUGGGGAAGAAGGUUUUCGAACUUUACCAUUUCAACGGGAUCGCGAAAUCGGACAUAAACGGCGGCAGUCAAGCCAUGAUCGUUGAAGGUGAGGCUCCAGCUCAAAGGCCUCGGCUCACGAGGCUUAGGGUCUCGGUUCCUCCAAAGUGGACACCGGAAGAGUACAUGGCAAUGCCGAGCAGCUCGGGUGCGGCCGGGAAGGAUUCGGAAGUGAACCAACCCGAACCGUCUCAGCAUGCUCCGCUCGUGGACUGCAUCAGGACACGUUGGCUUCGUGCAACGUGCAACUGGGUCGGGGAUCCUCCGAGCAUAGUUUGAAGCAGUUCAUCUUGGUGACUAGCGUUUGCGUUACAAAACGCCAGAGACGGAGGAAAGAGCGGUGAAAGCUAAGGCGGUUUUGGCCGUUAUUUCUGUUGUGUAAUGGUGUAGAAUGUUUUCUUCUAAAUUUGUUGGAUGGACAUAUCGAUGAGACUUUAAAAAUGAACAUUUCAAUUGUUUUGAAAACUCUGUCAUUAGUAAAAAGAUCUUGUUUUAAUGUA